AUAUUAUUAAUGUAGGUAUUAAAUUGAUGGGCAAAUAAAAAGGUUGGAAUCCCACAUUCGGCCAUUAAUUCCACUGGGUGACUUUGGGCCUGUCACUGUCUCUUAGUCUAACCUUGCUCUCAGAGUUCUUGUUUUCAGGUGGAAUAUAAAUGCAGAGUGAUGAUAAUAAUUUCAAGGAAAUGUUAUUCUGUGCUUGUGUACCUUGUAUACACAAGAAAGCUAGGUAGGGUGGACAGGGGAAAAUGCUUACUAGUACCAGUCAGCAGCUGAAUGGAUCACACAUGAGGCUUCGGUUGCUAGGCAACAUGUUGCAGUAUCAUUUUGAACAAGGGUGGCGGGGGGGGAUGACACAUGACUGUUGUUGCCCCUCCUGCCCCCAAAUGCCUCUCACACCUGAUUUUAGGACAUAUGUUUUCCCCACUUUGUGUGCUUUUUCCAAUCUGUUCUUCAUUUCUGUCCCUGCCAAGCUAUGACCCAUCAACAUACCUGCAAGUAUUAGAGACUGAGAGAAAAUACCAUGCCCUAAUGAAUGUUCUUAGCCAAAACUCCAAAAGCUGAGUUUUCUGUAUUUUCAUGUGCCAACGAUGUGCAGAGGGAGCAUCCAACACUGAUAGGGAAACUGAUUUCCACUUGUGCAGGAUUUCAGCUCAAGGGCUAAUGAAUAUACAAAGAGUGGUGUUGAAUUCACGCCCUGGUGUCAAUGGAGUUCCUGUUGUGGAAAACUUCCGUGUGGAGGAGGCUACCCUACCAGAUAAAAUAGCUGAGGGUCAAGUCAAAGUUCAUACACUUUAUCUGUCUGUGGACCCCUAUAUGAGGUGUCGUAUGAAUGAAGACACUGGUUCUGAGUACCUCGAGCCCUGGAAAUUGUCUGAAGUCAUCACUGGUGGAGGAAUUGGUUCUGUGGAGGAAAGUAAAGAUGUACAUUUUGCUGCAGGAGACUUUGUAACUUCCUUCACCUGGCCCUGGCAGACAAAGGCCAUUCUAGAUGGAAAGCAACUUGAGAAGAUUGACCCACAGCUUGUGGAUGGACACCUUUCCCAUUUUCUGGGUGCAGCUGGCUUGACUGGGCUAACAGCUUUGCUAGGAAUAAGAGAGAAAGGACAUGUGUCUCCAGGCGCUAGUCAAACCAUGGUGGUCAGUGGGGCUGCUGGAGCCUGCGGCUCUCUGGCUGGUCAGAUAGGUUUCCUGGAAGGCUGUUCCAAAGUGGUUGGUAUUUGUGGCACAGACGAAAAAUGCACCAUUUUGGUCUCGGAAAUGGGUUUUGAUGCUGCUAUCAACUAUAAGAAAGAGAAUGUAGCACAACGACUACAGGAACUGUGUCCAGCUGGAGUGGAUGUGUACUUUGACAAUGUUGGUGGAGAUACCAGUGAUGCAGUGAUAAGUCAAAUGAAUCCAAAUAGCCAUAUCAUUCUAUGUGGCCAGAUCUCCCAGUACAAUAAGGAUGUGCCCUAUCCUCCACCUUUGCCUCCUGCAAUAGAAGAAAUAAGGAAAUCCCGGAAUAUCACCAGGGAAAGGUUUUUAGUAAUGAACUACAUGGACAAAUGGGCAACUAGUACUAUGCUGCUCUGUCAGUGGAUCAAAGAGGGAAAACUGAAGGCUAAAGAGACUGUGAUGGAAGGCUUGGAAAACAUUGGAGGCCAAGAAGUAAAGCUGCAUGGAAGUUAUAAAAGCAGCAGGAAAGAGAAAGGAAUGAUACAGUCACAUCACCUGUUAAUGAACACAAUCUGCAUAAUACAUGGAAGAAAUGCACAGCAAAGGAAUUCGACGUAAAGAAAAUACUGAUCAAGUAACCAGCAGUGUUUAGAUCCUGUACAGGCAGUGCUGACCUACAACUGAUAUUGCCAAGAACCCUCUCAAAAGAUCUUAAUGUAUGCUAUCUAGACAUUCAUAUAUUCUAUACCUCCACAGGCCACAACCAGCUUUCCCAGAUGCUGCAGGAUGAGUAAAUAUUGACAUGCCUUGUGAACCAGGCCCAUGCACAUUCACCCAUUGCACAACAGUAUUUCUCAGAUCACUAUGGUGGUGCCUAGCUCUGUGUAUGGUGUGGGGAAGGGGAUGUAUGAACUCUGCCAGAAGAAUGGCGAAGAGGUCUUCAAGGUACAACAAGUAGAAUUUCCCAGUGUGUAUAAGCCAAGAUGGUUUACUGAAGCCACACCAAGGCCUUAUGGACUUCAGCUUCCUACAGAGAAGACCAGAGAUUAUUACUUUGAAGCUGUCUUUCCCAGUCAUUCUGUACAUAAAAGAUGCCCUUGCUGUAAACAUGAAGCUGUUUGCCCCCUGAAGUAGCUAUGCUUCCAGGAAGGCCUCCCUCCAUACUGACAGGUUUGGCCAUAGUGGAAGCAAACAACACUAUAAAAUCAAUGGCCACAGGUGUUGUCUUUCAUUCCCAGCAUGGAGAGAGAAAAUGGCACAUCACUCACCCAGACAACUUUGGAGGCCCAUGGAGCAUCUCUGGCCUAUCCAGGGAACCAAUACAGCCACAGAAAAGAGAAAUAUAGGCUUUCUUUCUCUUGUUUUUAUUUUGCAGCCAUAUGUCAUCAUAUUCAAUAAAUUCAAUAUUUCAUCUUUGACACAGGCAGUUUUGUUUCUUAAAUAUUCUCAAAUGUAAAGUGAGGUGCCUUGGCUGAAUUAUUUAUUUAUUUAUUUAUUAUUUCGAUUUAUAUCCUGCCUUUUUCCUACAAAAGGCUCAAGGCAGCUUACAUCUCCUCCUCCA